AUGGUCGUUCAUAACCCAAACAAUUGGCAUUACGUUGAAAAAAACUGUAUUGAUUGGACUCGUCAAUAUUUCAAAGAUAAUUUAACAAAUGUUGAAGCUGAAUCUGAUGAUAAAGUUCAAAAUGUUCAUAUUUCAAAUGUUACUUCAAUUGAAGGUGAUUCAGUUGUUUCUCAAAAAAGAGGUAAAGUUAGUACCUUAUUUGAUUUAAAAUUAGUUUUAGCUUAUACUGGUAAUAUUAAUGAUCUUGAAGUUAAAGGUUCAAUAACUAUUCCAGAAAUUGCUUAUGAUUCAGAAGAAGAUGAUUAUCAAUUUCAAAUCUCUGUUUUUUCAGAAGAUUCCAAAAAUAGUGCUAUAAAAGAAGUUAUUAGACAAAAAUUAAUUCCAAAAUUAAGAAAAAUCUUCUUACAAUUUGGUAAAGAUUUAAUUUCAACUCAUGCUUCUGAUAUUCAAUUACCUGCAGAUCAAGUUAAAUCAGAAUUAACUAAAGCUAAUCAAGUUAAAUCAUCAUCAUCAUCAAACCUACCAGCUACAUCUGAAUCAUCAAAACAAACAUCAACAGGAUCAUCCUCAUCUUCCAAAACUACUUCAACUUCAUCAUCAUCUAAUGUACCAAAAUAUAAUACAUCAACUUUACAUCUUGAACCUGUUUUCAAUACAACUGCUGAACAAUUAUUCAUUACAUUCUUAGAAAAAAACAGAGUUGGUGCAUGGACAAGAGCAAAUCCAGACUUUAAUGGUGAUUUCCUUAAAGAAAAUGCCAAUUUCAAUUUAUUUGGUGGUAAUGUUUCUGGUAAAAUUACUAAAUUAAUUCCAAAUGAAUCUAUAGAACAAGAAUGGAGAUUAAAUAGUUGGAAAUCUGGUCAUUUUGCUAAAUUAAUUAUUGGAUUCCAUCAAGGUGAUUCUGAAACUAAAUUAGAUGUCUUAUUUAAAGGUAUCCCAAUUGGUGAAGAAGAUCAAGUUAGAGGUAAUUUUGAAGAUUAUUAUAUUAAAGCUAUUAAAUUAACUUUUGGUUUUGGUGCUGUUCUAUAG